AUGUAUCAAUAUGUGCAGAGAGAUAUAUUUCAAGGUAGUCAAGCUACAUCGAAAUAUUUUCGGGGCUUUUCGGUACGUAUUUCGAUUACGGCCGGUGCCCACGGCUGCUCAAAGGGCCCUUUUACUUUCUACGCUAAUGAGGCUUAUUUGGACACGCCUACAAAACUGGAGUAUGACCAACUAUUUUAUUGGAUCAACCCAUUUCCAAUGCAAGACUGGGUAUGAAGUAUAAAAAACCUGUACUGGAGAACCUAGGUAACUGUUUUUUCUGCCUGACCUUAUGAAUAAAACUGUCACGACAAUGAAAAAUAAUUAUAAAGUAAUUAUGGACGAUUCAUUUCAUGUGCUUCCGUUUAUAUUUUACAAAUUUUACAUAAUGCAAAU